AUGCUAAACCUAUUUAUUGAUAUUAUUUCAUAUUAUUAUUUUUAUUCGUUAUAUAUUAUGUCAUAUAAAUUGCUCAUAGCUUAUUUAAAAUAUCCACCAAAAUCUGAAAUUAAGAAUAUUUUUUAUUUUGGAGGCUAUAUAGUUAAUCCUUGUUGCAUUUAAUAGAUGUACGAUAGACAAUCAAUCAAAUAAUUACCUAAUCUUUUAAAUUCUGGUUUUAUUCUAUUUUUAUAAUCCUAGCACUUAUUCACAUCAAAGUUUUGUAAUUCAGGAUAGUAUAUCAUUUCAACAUCAAUCAUCACCAAAAAAAUUAUAUAUUCUUGUGUAAGACUAUAAGUAUUCUUGAUAAGAUUGUUCUCUAUCUAAAAAGACAGAGGCUCCGAAAUCAAUAAAAUAAAAAUGUAGAUCAUAACCUAUCACAAUAUUUUAUGGUUUUAUGUCAGAGUGGGCUAUCUUGCAUGUUUUAUGCAUCUGAUUUAACUUCUAUAGCAAUUAGCAAAAGCCAAAUUCAAGAAUAAGAUUGUAGCAUUCAUAAUUUUUGUUAAUCUAAUAUUAUUUAUAUACUAAAUCUAAGCUUUUUAAACCAGAAUCUAUGUAUAGAAUGCACUUUUCAUUUAAAUUCUACUCUUUUAAGAAUUCAUAUUUAAUAAAUGGUAAUGUUACCUAAGUAUUUUGCUAUUAAAUAUAAUUCAAAAUAUCAAUUUCAAUUUAUAAUUCAUUUUUAAACUCAUCAGAACUCAUUUACUGGUCUUUUUCAUAAGAUUUUAAAAUUACAAGCUUCUUACCAUCAUUAGAAAUAUUAGUUUUAAUAGAAACACAAUAUGUUCCAACUUUACUGUAAUACAAUUUUUGUAUAGUUUACUAUUUUUUUUUUUAAUUAAUGUAAUUAUUAAUAUUGAAAUCGCUUGA